AUGACCACCACCAUGUCACACUCCGAACCCCCUACGCCUCUCUAUACACCUCCGCCGGGACUUCGGACCUAUAUGGACGAUUUCCGCGAAUAUAUCAACAAACGACAUAGCCUUCAAUUACAAACAUAUGACGAUCUACAUUCAUUCUCAGUUGGUGCUCAUGCCUCAACUAGAAACGCGUUCUGGACGUAUUUGUGGCAAUAUCUUGAAAUCAAAGCAUCAGCACAACCCACGAUUGCCAUUGAUGAAGCCAGAAAUAUUGCCAGUUUCCCAGAAUUUUACCAAGAUGCAAGACUUAAUUUUGCUGAGAACCUUCUAUCUCGACAUGGCCAUGAAACUGCGAUCAAAGUGCUGAAUGAAGCUAAUCUGGACUCUGGACCAGAAAAUGUCUCCUGGGACCAGCUGCAAGAGCUCGUCCGUCAAUUAGCAGACGCACUAUCAAGCUCUGGUCUACAGAAAGGUGACGUGGUAGUUGUUAUUGGGGGGAACAACAAGAUAUCUCUGGCCUUGAUACUGGCUACAGCCAGUUUAGGAGGAGUAAUUUCGUCCUUGGCAACGGAUGUGGGCGAACAAGCAUUACUCGACCGAUUGUCACAGUUACGACCACAGUUCCUAUUUGCCGAUGCAAAAUAUAGAUAUAAUGGUAAAAUUCACAGCAUCCUACGCAAGGUGAAUUCAGUCUGGGACAAGAUUAGCAAACCCAAUAACGCAGAGCUCGUUAUUACAACGCCGCAUAAUAACGAAGACAAGUCAACUCAGUUCGGAGAUUUUCUCAAAAGAGAAACAGGGAAACCUCUCACGUUUUUACAGGUUCCCUUCAACACUCCACUAUGUGUCAUGUUUUCAUCGGGGACAACCGGUGUCCCCAAGGCUAUUGUUCAUUCUCAUGGAGGUGUGGUUAUCAACCUCAAAAAGGAAUAUAGACUGCAUUGUAAUUUUGAUGACAAAGACGUCUACUUUCAUUAUACCAACAUCGGCUGGGCGCUUUGGAAUAUCAUGCUGGGUGCACUCUUCUGUGGUAGCACAGUUGUUCUCUAUGAUGGAUCCCCCUUUUAUCCCAAUGCCGAGCGGUUUCUCCAGCGAGUGCUCUCUACUGGAGUAACUGCAUUUGGUGCUGGUCCGAAGUACUUCUCCGAAUUGCGGCGGGUGAAUAUCCAUGCCAAAUGCAUGGAGAAUAACCGUUUGAAGAUUCUCCUAAGUACCGGCGCUGUCCUCACACCGGCGCUGUCAGAAUGGAUGGCCACUUCUUUUGGUCCUCUGUGCCAAAUCAGCUUCUCAGGUGGAACUGAACUAUGUGGGUCGUUUGUCCAUGGCACUGUGAGCCUACCAACCUAUCCAGGCGAGAUCACCGUUAAGGCAUUGGGACUCGCCGUCGACGUUUAUUCGUCCAUGUCAUCAGCAAAUCCGGGUCGUCCCUUACAGGCAGGGGAGACCGGGGAGUUGGUUUGCACGCAGCCGUUCCCAAAUAUGCCCUUGCAUUUUUUACACGAUCCUGAAAGGGAGAGAUAUUCGAAAGCAUAUUUUUCCGACAUACCGUGUAUAUGGACUCAUGGCGAUCGCAUGUACAUCUCUCCUCAGACCGGGGGUAUCUACAUUCUCGGACGCAGUGAUAGCGUCCUCAAUCCAGCUGGUGUACGGUUUGGGAGCGGGGAGAUUUAUUCCAUUAUCGAAAAGCAUUUUGCUGUUGAUAUUGUGGACUCAAUUUGUGUUGGUCAGCAACGAGCAUCUGAUGAGACAGAAAGGGUCAUCCUAUUUUUGGUGGUUCGAUCAACACCAGAAAAAUCCAUAUCCGACGGCGAAUGGAGAAAUCUAAAAGGGAGAAUAAGUGAUUGCAUAGCUAGUAGUCUUUCGCGUCGCCAUGUUCCAUUCGCCAUCAUUUCGGUAUCCCAUAUUCCAUAUAAUGCCAACGGGAAGAAGAUGGAGAUUCCGCUCAAGGGCGUCUUAUCAGAAGGAAAGCAAGCCUUUGUUAAGAGGAAAUUCACCCUUGAUGAGCUGAAUGCCUUGCAGAGCUAUGCCCGAUAUCACGAGAGUUUGGAGGUAGCGCCAGAUCAAGAACAUCACAAAGUAACCAAGAGUAAACUGUAG